AUGUCCAUCUCAGCAGCAGGCUGUUGGCUGGUUCUCUGCCUUUUCAUCGCUGACAAACAGUUAUCACUACAAAUCUCUCCCGCCUGUGAGAGUGAGCAACACUAUGAGUAUUCUGGACGGUGCUGCACAAAGUGUGAGCCAGGAAAGUACAUGUCUGCCAAAUGCACUGCCACCUCUGAGACUGUGUGCCAGCCUUGCGGCCCAAACGAAUAUAUGGAUGUCUGGAAUGAAGAAGACAAAUGUUUACUACACAAAAUAUGUGAUGAGGGGAGAGGUUUAAUAGAAGUGAAUCCAGGAAAUAGAACGUUCCAGCGACAAUGUGCAUGUACACUGGGAUACCACUGUAACGAAGACUGUGAUUACUGUCUGCGAAAUACAGAAUGUGCUCCAGGGUUUGGCGUUCACCAUCCUGUGCAACGAGACAAGGAUACUGUGUGUGCACCAUGCCGCUGGGGGUACUUCUCAGCCAUCUAUUCAUCCACCGAUGAGUGUAAAUCCUGGACCAACUGCACAGCUCUGGGAACUGCAGAAGGAGUUCCUGGGACUGAUCGGGCAGAUGUAGUUUGUGUGGAGCCUACGAUGUCUGUACAACCACAAGAUGAAACAAACAAGAUCUUGUAUGUUCUGAGUGUUCCAGUCCUCUUUGUGAUAUUAACCAGCAUUAUCAUACUUAUCAUAUAUUACAAAAAUAAGGGGAAAGCACUGACAGCAGAUCUACAGCACUGGGCUAAUGAAGUAUGCAGCCAAAUAAAAGGGACGAAGGAAUCCCCCCGAGAGCCAUUUGUUAAUACAAACAUGGUGAACGCUACAAGUCCUCAGCCUUCUGAAGGAAUAUAUUUACUAGCCCUUGAUGACUAUAUUUUUUCUGAAGACCUGGGUUGCCCAAAUGGGCACACUCUCUAUGGGAAAGGCAGCCCAGAUACAAUCCACUAUGAAUUGGGAGAGAACAUCCCAACAUUGUCUUUAGCAACAGAGUCUGAAGAUGACCACUUCAGGCAGAUUCCCAUGGAAGAUGAAUAUGUAGAUAGAGCUCCCCAUGCCCAUGGUUAUUUACCUUUAUUGAGUCAGCCUGACAGUAAAUCUGUGUCACCAUUUUCAGAGCCACUGGAGGUGGGGGAGAAUGAUAGCUUAAGUCAGUGCUUCACAGGAACUGAGAGCAUGGUGGAUUUAACAGGCUGCUAUAGCUCUGAUCCUUCAUGCGGCAUGGACUGCAUCCAUGUCUCCUCAGACAAAUACCUACAGAAAUCUUGCCAUUGCACCUGUAGUCAUAUGAAGGAGACAGAGAGAAAGGACACAGAUCACUUCCCAGUGAACCCUGAGUCAGUGAACAACUGCGUGUGCUGUGGGGUUUCAUCUAGGGAAUCUCCUAGGAAGUGGAGCGAACCCUUUUGUGCAGCAGUUGACUAUACCACAGCCUCACCGGAAAAUGGACUUUAUCCACAGUGCACCUGUGGCUUGGACUUUCCCUCUGCAGGUCAGAGUACUUUAGCAAGCAAUCCUGGCAUGGAAGAUACUCCCUCUGAAGGUACUGACACAAAGUACCAGAAAACAAACGGAAGCACUUCUGGGGCAAAUUGUAGCACUUCAGAACUCCCACAGGCAUCGGGAAAUGUGACUGGAAACAGUAACUCUACAUUUAUAUCAAGUGGACAAGUAAUGAAUUUUAAGGGCGAUAUAAUUGUUGUCUAUGUUAGUCAAAACUCCCAAGAGGGGACAACCGCUACUGGAACAGCUGAUGAGAAUGUGGGGAGUCCAGUGCAAGAGGAAAACCUGAACCGCUGCGAGACUUUUGCAGGCAACACCCAACAAUACAAAGAAAAAUAUGCUGAUGCUAAUCCAGCCUGCCCUGCAGAGAACGAAGGACUAAAUAGCACGGGGAAAUAUGAGAGACGGCUAGGGCCUGUGGUUCAAGAAGAGAACCAAGACAGUCAGGACAGGAAGUGCUGCCACAGCGGGGCCUUUCAACCUGUGCAAGAGGAAGGAAAGCCAGGACAAUUUUCAGAGAAAGCAUUGCACUGA